AUGGGCAACAGCCCCGUCGCCGGCGCACCCGUCCCUAAUGGGUCCGCAUCGCAACCGCCCAGCCAGCUCCAACAACAACCUCAACAGCAGCCCGCGCCCCUCCAACAGCAACAACAACAGCAGCAGCAACAGCAGCAGCAACAACAACAACAACCUCCCUCCCGCCCAGCCUACCCCUGGUCCGCCCGCCGUCUACACCUCCAACCCCCCGUCGUCCUCCCCAAACCCGGCAUAGUCCCCCCAACGACCCCCUCUCCCUCCCCCUUCCCGCGCUACGGCCACGCCCUCCCCGCGACCGCCACCGCCGGCGGCGAGAUCUUCCUCUUCGGAGGGCUCGUGCACGAGUCAGCGCGGAACGAUCUCUAUGUGUUUAGUACCCGCGAUCUGAGCGCGACGUUGUUGCAGACGACGGGCGAGAUGCCGAGUCCCCGUGUGGGACAUGCGAGUGCGCUGGUGAGUAGUGUGCUUGUGGUUUGGGGGGGAGAUACGAAGACGGAUCCGAGGGCGAGGCCGACGGAUAAGCAGGAUGAUUCGUUGUAUUUGCUUAACCUCGUAUCCCGCGAAUGGUCCCGUGUCGUCGUUUCGGGGCCAAAACCGCUCGGUAGGUACGGACAUGCGGUGACGAUGGUCGGCUCGCGAUUCUUUGUCUUCGGCGGUCAAGUCGACGGCGAAUUCUUGAAUGAUCUCUGCUUCGGCGGCACCGACGGCCAAUACCACUACAACGACACCUGGGCCUUCGACACCAACACCCGACGCUGGUCCGAACUGAAAUGUAUAGGCUUCAUUCCGUCGGCGAGAGAGGGACAUGCGGCGGCGGUGGUGGAUGAUGUGAUUUAUGUGUAUGGAGGACGGGGGGUGGAUGGGAAGGAUUUGGGAGACUUGGCGGCGUUUAAGGUUACUAAUCAACGAUGGUUCAUGUUCCAAAACAUGGGUCCCUCGCCCAGUCCGCGCUCGGGACACGCCAUGGCCUCGAGCGGCACGAGAGUGUUCGUGCUCGGGGGGGAGUCGUAUGCGGUGAGCAAGCCGGACGAGCCUGCGCUUAUACAUGUUUUGGAUACUAAACACAUCAAGUACCCAGAAGGAAAACCACCCCCCGCCGACGGCUCCAAAUCAAGCAAUGGCGCUAAUCCCAACGCGAACCCCUCCCGACCCUCCCGCAAGUCCUCCGCCGAUCCCAUCUCCGGCUCCGGUCCCGGGGCGAUGUCGCCUCAGCAGCAGAUGGUGCAGCAGCAGCAACAGCAGAUGUCAUUACAACAGCAGCAGGGUCAGCAGAUGGGACAGGGAGGAAUGGGACAGGGACAAGGCGAUGUGGUGGAUGAGCUGAGGAGGGCGGUGUCGCCGCCGAAUGGAAGGGGUGGUGGGAAGGCGAUGAUGAAUGGAAACGGCAAUGUGAAUGGGAUGGGGAACGGGAAUGGGAAGGGAAAAGCGCCGAUGAGGCAGGAUGGCGAGGGGGGGUACGAGUCGUCUGGAGGGGAGAGGGAGAACGUGGUCAGAGAGAGGAUGGUUUCGCCGGACCAGGGACAGGGGCGGGCGGCGAGUCCGACGGUCGUUCGUGCGGUUUCGCCGUCCGGUGGCCAGGGUCAAAGUCAGGGUCAGCAGGGACAGCCGCAGAAUAUGGCGUCGGUGAUUAUGAGUCGGUCGGAGACGAGGAGCGCGAGUCCGUUAGUCAGACAACAACAACAGACGGAUACCGCCUCGAGCUCACCGAAUAACUCGCCGGUUUCUGCGAAUGGGUUCGUUAACGGCCACGGCCACGGGAAAUCGCAGGACGUGAUGCGGGAUCUGAGAGUGAAGGAUGUGGAGAUUGAGGGGAUGAGGAAGAGGGAGGAGUGGAUGCGGGCUGCGCUGGCGAAGGCGGCCAAGUCGGGGUUCGUUUAUGUCGAUGGGGAUGGGGAUGGGGAUGAUGAUGAGGAGCAGGACGGGCAGGAAGGAGGGAGAGGGAAGAGGGAGCCGAGGGUUGCGGAGGUGGUGGUUAAUUUGAAACAGUUGAGGGCGAAACUUCAGGCCACCGUCGUAGAUCAAGCUCGACAUGCCUCGGACCGUAUCAACGAGGCCGAACGUCAGCGGGCCAGCGCCGUUCAAGAGGCCGCCUACUACCGCGCAAAGCUCGCCGCACUCGAAGCCUCGUCCGAAUCCGACAUCGGCCGUCUCGACCGCGAACGGCUCGCAGAACUCGAACAGCAACUCACCACAGCCCUCACGGAACGGGCGCUCCAGGAGCGCAAAGUAGCCGACCUGAACGACACGCUCGAGCUGAAGACGACGUUACUGGAGCAGGCGGAGACGCGCGCGAGCGAGGCGGCGAGGCAUUCGGACGUGCUCACGGACUCGCAUAGUCGGACGUUGAGGGAACAUACGGAGUUGCAGGAACGACAUGCGGAGUUGGAGGCGUCGUUGAGGGAUCAUGCGGAUCGGCUGCUCUCACAGGCUUCGAUCGUCGAGCAGAGGGAGGCGGACCAUCAUCAUGUGCAGUCACAGCUCGAGGAGGCAACCGUGUCGCGGGACCAGCACGCUCGUGCGCUGGAACAGACGCGCACGGCGCUGCAGACGGCUAUGGCGCGUGCUAUAGAGGUCGACGAACAAAAUAUGCGCUCGAGGGAGACGAUAUCGCAGCUUGAGGCGGACGUGGCGGAGUUGAGGGGGGAACUGGAGUCGAAGACGGCCGAGGUCGAUAAUCUGCGCUCGAGGCUUACGGACACGGAGAACUCGUGGGCCAAGUCGCGAGAGGAGGCAGACGCGUUCCGGGCGUUGACUACGGGCGGACUCGGCGAGCUCCUGGACACGCAGCGGGAUCUGAAGACGGACGAGGAUCGACACCUGCGUGGACAUGCGGAGAAGGUGCAGGUGCUCGAGGCGGAGGUCGCUUCGUUGCGGGGCAUGCUGAAGGAGGUCAGCCAGCGCUUGGACGAUUCGCAUGGCGAGCUUUCGCAGGAGAGGAGGAGGGCGAGGGAGGGCGAGACGGAGCAGAUGGCGCUGAGGUCGCAGAUCGUCGGGUUGAGGGCGCAGCUGUCGAAUACGCUCGCGGAUGCGGGGAGGUUGAGGAAGGAUCUGGCGGUGCGGGAGGCGGAUGUGAGGCAGAAGGCGAAGGAGGCGGACGAUGCGGGGCUCAGGUUGGGCAUGCUCAGGAAUUAUCUGGCCGAGAACGAUAUCGUGCUCGAUAACGAUGGCUUGCCGUCCGAGUCGUCCUCGAGGUUGGCGGAGCUCGAGGGCCGUCUUGCGGAUUUCUCGCGCAUGCAGGAGCAGUCGAGGAAGGAUAUGGAGAGCGUGUUGAGGCAGAAGAAGGACGCGGAGGCGCAGAUGAGCGCGUUGUCGACUCAGUUGGAUAGGUUGCGGUCGACGCAGAGCCCGAGUUAUAGUCCGGCGACGGGCGAUAGCUUCAUGAGCGAGGCUCGCGUCGUCGAGGCGGAGAGGAAGGUCGAGGAGACGGAGCGGAACUUCAAGGCUCGCGUCCAGCAGCUCGAAGACGAUUACCGUCUGGCUGUUCACUGUGUCAAGUACACCGAGCGCCUAAAUCGUCGCAUGAAAGACGAAUUGAUGAAGCAGCGCGCGACGAAUACUAGCCUCCUUGCCGAGAUCGAUUCUCUUCGCGCAUCUACGCCCAACGCCGACUCGCGGCGCACCAAUGGCCGUGGCACUCCAUCCGAGGAUGGACGAAGCGACGCCAUGCGCACGCAGCUCAUCGACGCUCAGCGCCAGAUCCAACGUCUGCUCAACGACAAAAAGGACCAGAGCCUGCGCAUCGACUCCCUGGAGAAAGACCUCGGCCACAUGCGGGAUAACCUCGUCGUCGCCCAACGGGAGGCUGACGAGCGUCUGUCUCGUAUGGAGGAGUUGGAGCAGGAGGUCGAGCGCAUGCAGUCUGCGCUCAUCAUCGCCCGUGGCGGACAUGACGAGUCUCUCCUCGAGCAGCUCAGCAACGAGAAUAACAACCUCAAGCGCGAGAACGAGCAGCUUUCGCACAAGAUCGGGCUCCUGCUCGAGGACGACCCAGCGUUCGGCAGCAACCGGCCUAUAUCUGGGAUUUCCGUUUCCGAUCGCCCCCUCAGCGGUUUAAGCUCAGACAACGCGCUGGGCUACGACCAUUAUUCGAAUGAGUUCGACGAGCUGCAGCGGCAGCUGUCGACAUCUUUAUCCAACCGACGACCACUCAGUAGCGAUCUGGAAUCGAAUUCGUUCCCAUCUCAUCAGCGGAUGCGGUCACGUUCAUAA